AGGGGAGCCGCCGGAGAGAGAGCACCGCCACUCCGUGAACAGAGUGGAAAUGUGCCCAAGUUUUGGAAUUUAAACCAUGGCGAGGAUUUCUUCGCCACGGAUCACUUGACCGGGCUCCCACAACAUUCCUCUGUGGAUGAAGUUCCUCACGAUGGUGUGCAACGCUGUGAACAGGACAGUGGCUCAAUAGAAGUUGUAUUGCCUUCUUCAUCCUCCUCUGUCCUCAUCACAUUGUUUCUUGACAGUUGAGUAAAAAAGACUCAAAAUCCUGACUUGGAUCUCUGUACCAGAGCUUGCACACCUCCUCUUCUUCUUCCCCUUCCCCCCAAGCCUUUGCACAGGACUGCCCAAAUAUGUUCUCCCAAGCUCGAUCAACAGCUUACCCUGUUGUGGGGAACCUGUUUCUUGUGUUUGGGCUUUUGCUUAUCAUGACCUCAUCUGUUUGUGGAGGCCAGCCGCCAACUUUCAAACGGUUCACACCUGCAGAGUGGGGGCUGACACAUUUGGCCAUUCACAACAAAACUGGGGAAGUCUACGUCGGAGCUGUCAACUGGAUUUUCAAACUGUCUAGCAACUUAACUAAACUGCGCAGCCACAUGACUGGACCAGUUGUAGACAACGAAAAGUGUUACCCUCCACCCAGUGUCCAGUCGUGCCCCCAUGACCUGGCCCAGACACCGAAUGUGAACAAGCUUUUACUUAUUGACUAUGCCCAGAAUCGCCUCAUUGCUUGUGGUAGUACUUCGCAGGGCAUUUGUCAAUUUCUCCGUCUGGAUGACCUGUUCAAGCUGGGUGAGCCUCACCAUCGCAAGGAGCACUACCUGUCCAGUGUAGCUGAGUCAGGGACCAUGUCAGGAGUCAUCAUAAGUUCCCCUCACAGUCCAACAAGCAAGUUGUUCAUUGGAACGCCCAUUGAUGGCAAGUCAGAGUAUUUCCCGACUCUUUCCAGCCGAAAGUUGAUGGAGAACGAAGAAAAUGCAGACAUGUUCAGCUUUGUGUAUCAAGACGAGUUUGUCUCCUCUCAGCUUAAGAUUCCAUCUGAUACUUUGUCCAAGUUUCCUGCCUUUGAUAUAUACUAUGUUUACAGCUUCAGCAGUGAACAGUUUGUUUAUUAUCUUACAAUGCAGCUGGAUACUCAGCUCACUUCUCCUGAUGCCAGUGGUGAGCAGUUUUUCACCUCCAAAAUUGUACGCCUCUGCGUAGAUGACCCGAAAUUUUACUCCUAUGUCGAGUUCCCAAUUGGCUGCACUAAAGACGGCGUCGAGUACCGCCUGGUUCAGGAUGCCUACUUGGCCCGGCCAGGCCGCGAACUGGCCAGAUCUUUGGGGAUUUCCGAGAAUGAAGACAUCCUUUUCACAGUUUUCUCACAGGGUCAGAAGAAUCGUGCCAAACCACCCAAAGAGUCAGCUUUGUGCUUAUUCACCCUGAGAAGGAUAAAGGAGAAAAUCAAAGAGAGGAUUCAGUCUUGUUACAAGGGAGAUGGGAAGCUCUCCUUACCAUGGCUUCUCAACAAGGAACUGGCCUGCAUCAACUCUCCUUUGCAGAUAGAUGACAACUUCUGUGGCCAGGACUUCAACCAGCCUCUGGGCGGAACCAGCACCAUAGAGGGCAUCCCCCUCUUCAUCGACAAAGAAGACGGCAUGACAUCGGUGGCAGCGUACGACUACCGCGGCAACACUGUGGCUUUUGUCGGCACACGCAAUGGCAAACUGAAAAAGAUCUUGGUGAACCGUCCAGCGGUACUCUACGAGAAGGUGACCUUAAGUGAAGGGGGGAGUCCCUUGCUGAGGGACAUGCUCUUUAGCCCAGACCAGCAGAACCUCUACAUACUGACUGACAGACAGGUUGUGAGAGUUCCAGUGGAGAGCUGUGAACAGUACACUACAUGUGGGGAGUGUUUAGGCUCCAGAGACCCUCACUGUGGUUGGUGUGUCCUUCACAAUAUUUGCUCUCGAAAGGACCGUUGUGAACGAGCAGGAGAACCUCAGAGGUUUGCUACAGACCAGAGGCAGUGUGUGGAGCUCACAGUUCAGCCUAAAAAUAUUUCCGUCACCAUGUCUGAAGUACAGCUAGUCCUUCAGGCUCGUAAUGUGCCUGAUUUGGUAGCGGGGGUCAACUGCUCCUUCGAGGACUAUGUAGAAACGGAGGGAAUAAUCCAAGGCGGAUACAUUUACUGCCUGUCUCCCUCCGCUCGUGAUGUCAUCCCCAUCACACGGAACAAAGGUGACAAGCGGGUGGUGAAGCUUUAUCUGAAAUCCAAGGAAACAGGAAGGAAGUUUGCCAGUGUGGACUUUGUCUUCUACAACUGCAGUGUCCACCAUUCCUGCCUCUCCUGUGUCAAUGGCUCCUUCCCAUGCUAUUGGUGCAAGUACCGCCACAUGUGUACCCAGAACGCAAAUGACUGCUCCUUCCAAGAGGGCCGUGUUAACAUUUCAGAGGACUGUCCCCAGAUUCUGCCAUCAACACAGAUCUACAUACCAGUUGGGGUGACCAAGCCUAUCACCCUAGCUGCCAAGAACCUGCCCCAGCCGCAAUCCGGACAGAGGAACUACGAGUGCGUGUUCCACAUCCAGGGGGAGACGCACAGUGUCCCCGCCCUGCGCUUCAACAGCUCAUCCAUCCAGUGCCAGAAGACAGCGUAUGCGUACGAGGGCAAUGACAUCAGUGACCUGCCAGUGGAUUUGUCUGUGGUUUGGAAUGGAAACUUUAACAUUGACAACCCCUAUAACAUAAAAGCUCACCUGUAUAAGUGCUAUGCACUCAGAGGAAGCUGUGGGAUGUGUCUAAAGGCCAACCCCAGGUUUGAGUGUGGCUGGUGUGUACAAGAGAAGAAGUGCUCCCUGAGGCAGGAGUGCACUCCCACAGAGAGCACUUGGAUGCACGCCACCACGGGAAACAGCCGCUGUGCGCACCCCAAGAUCACCAAGCUGUUUCCUGAGACUGGGCCCAGACAGGGAGGAACCAUGCUGACGAUCAUGGGUGAGAAUUUGGGUCUGCAGUUCAAAGACAUCCAGAAUGGAGUCCGCAUUGGAAAAGUGGCCUGCAACCCUCAAGAAGAUCAGUACAUCAGCGCUGAGCAGAUUGUGUGUCGACUGAAUGAUGCAACAGGUUACAGGGUGCAGGAGGCUCAAGUGGAAGUGUGUGUGAGGGACUGCAUUCAUCCUGACUACAAAGCUGUCUCCACCAAGGCCUUUACUUUUGUGUCUCCAUACUUUGCCCAUGUCAAUCCAUCCACUGGGCCGCUGUCUGGAGGAACAAGGAUCACCAUAGAAGGCAGUAAUCUUAACGCAGGCAGCGCUGUGUAUGUAAAGAUAGGACUCCAUGCCUGCCGCUUUGAGAAGCGAAGCAGCAAGGAGAUAGUGUGUGUGACCCCGGCGGGACAAGCCCCAGGCACCACCCCCGUCAUGGUGGACAUCAACUCAGCUGAGUUGAGGAACCCAGAGGUCAAGUUCAACUACACAGAUGAUCCCACCAUCCUCAAAAUUGAACCAGACUGGAGCAUUGCCAGUGGAGGAACUCUGUUGACCAUUACGGGAACCAAUCUGCGGACCAUCAAAAAGCCUAAAAUGAGAGCCAAGUAUGGAGCUGCCCAGUCAGUAAAUAAUUGCACAGUAGUCAACAACACCGUGAUGGUAUGUCUGGCUCCCUCCGUGGCCGGAUCUGACAAAGGUUUCUCUGAGGUGGGCAGCAGUCCAGAUGAAAUCGGCUUCAUCAUGGAUGAUGUACACUCGGUUUUGGUGGUCAAUGAGACGUUCAGCUAUCACCCAGACCCCGUCUUUGAACCGCUGAGCCCCAAUGGCAUGUUGGAGCUAAAGCCCAGCUCUCCACUUAUACUUAAGGGCCGUAACCUAAUUCCUGCAGCCCCUGGAAACACCAAGCUGAACUACACAGUGCUGAUCGGGGAGACACCAUGCGUCCUCACCCUGUCUGAAAGCCAGCUGCUGUGCGAGUGGCCCAACCUGACAGGAGAGCACAAAGUUACGGUGCGUGUUGGAGGCUUUGAAUACUCACCGGGGACUUUGCAGAUCUACUCAGACAGCCUUCUCACCCUGCCUGCCAUCAUCGGGAUUGGAGGAGGAGGUGGCCUGCUCCUGCUGGUUAUUAUUGUGGUACUCAUUGCUUACAAGAGGAAAUCACGCGAUGCGGACCGCACCCUCAAACGGCUACAACUGCAGAUGGACAACCUAGAGUCCAGGGUGGCCCUCGAGUGCAAGGAGGCAUUUGCUGAGCUGCAAACUGACAUCCAUGAACUCACUCAGGAGCUAGAUGGAGCAGGAAUCCCCUUCUUGGACUACCGCACGUAUGCCAUGAGGGUCCUCUUCCCUGGUAUUGAGGACCAUCCUGUGCUCAAGGAGAUGGAGGUCCCUGCUAACGUAGAGAAGGCGCUGACAUUGUUUGGCCAGAUGCUGACCAAAAAGCACUUCCUGCUGACUUUCAUCCGCACCCUUGAAGCACAGCGAUCUUUCUCAAUGCGAGACCGCGGCAAUGUGGCCUCUCUCAUCAUGACUGCGCUACAGGGGGAGAUGGAGUACGCUACAGGUGUCCUCAAACAGCUGCUGUCUGACCUCAUCGACAAGAACUUGGAGAGCAAGAAUCACCCGAAGCUCUUACUCCGAAGGACGGAGUCAGUGGCCGAGAAGAUGCUCACUAACUGGUUCACCUUCCUGCUCUACAAGUUCCUCAAGGAGUGUGCUGGUGAGCCGCUCUUCAUGCUGUACUGUGCCAUGAAGCAGCAAAUGGAGAAGGGGCCCAUAGAUGCGAUCACAGGAGAGGCCCGCUACUCCCUCAGUGAGGACAAACUUAUCCGACAGCAGAUUGACUACAAGACUUUGACGCUGCACUGUGUGAACCCAGAGAAUGAGAAUGCGCCGGAGGUGACUGUAAAGAGUCUAAACUGUGACACAGUGACACAGGUCAAGGAGAAGCUCCUGGAUGCCGUGUACAAGGGCACACCCUACUCUCAGAGACCGAAAGCCUCGGAUAUGGACCUGGAAUGGCGACAAGGAAGGAUGGCUCGCAUCAUCCUUCAGGAUGAAGAUGUGACCACCAAAAUCGACAAUGACUGGAAGAGACUCAACACCCUGGCUCACUACCAGGUGACAGAUGGCUCAGUGAUUGCUCUGGUCCCCAAACAGAACUCAGCAUACAACAUCUCCAACUCGUCCACAUUCACCAAAUCUCUCAGCAGAUACGGUACGAGAGAAGAGAGCAUGCUGAGAACAGCCAGCAGUCCAGACAGUCUGCGCUCCCGAACCCCCAUGAUCACGCCUGACUUGGAGAGCGGCACCAAACUUUGGCACCUGGUCAAGAACCACGACCACUCAGACCAGAGGGAGGGGGACAGAGGGAGCAAGAUGGUCUCUGAGAUCUACCUGACCAGGCUGCUGGCCACCAAGGGUACACUCCAGAAGUUUGUGGAUGACCUAUUCGAGACCAUCUUCAGCACGGCCCACCGAGGCAGCGCCUUGCCACUCGCCAUCAAGUACAUGUUUGACUUCUUGGACGAGCAGGCUGACAAACACUCCAUAUCCGACUCAGACGUGCGGCACACGUGGAAGAGCAACUGCCUUCCGCUGCGCUUCUGGGUGAAUGUGAUCAAGAACCCCCAGUUUGUCUUCGACAUCCACAAGAACAGCAUUACAGAUGCCUGUUUGUCCGUGGUGGCCCAGACCUUCAUGGACUCCUGUUCUACAUCAGAGCAUAAAUUAGGAAAGGACUCUCCGUCUAACAAGCUGCUUUACGCUAAAGAUAUCCCCAACUACAAGAACUGGGUGGAGAGGUACUAUUCUGAUAUCUCCAGGAUGCCGGCCAUCAGUGACCAGGACAUGAGUGCCUACCUGGCAGAGCAGUCACGACUGCACGCCAACCAGUUUAACAGCAUGUCUGCGCUACAUGAGAUCUACUCCUACAUCGUCAAGUAUAAGGAUGAGAUCUUGUCGGCUUUGGAGCGGGACGAGCAGGCGAGGAGACAGAGACUGAGGAGCAAGCUGGAGCAGGUCAUCGACACAAUGGCCUUGACGAGCUGAAGAUCAUGCGGCGUCUCCUUCGUUCUUCACACGCCACCUCGCUCCUCUCCCUCCAGACGACAAACACAACUCCACCCCCCAACAAUACAACAAACUGCAAAAGCAUUGAAGCGGUAUACUGCAAAAUGGAGGGGGGUUCGGCAGAGAUGGGCGGGUCUGUGUAUGCCUACGUGUGUCUAAGUGUGUGUGUGCACGUGUGUGUGUGUGAGAGAGAGAGAGAGCGUAUAUUUUCACACAUGCAUUCAUGGAGAAGGUGUCCAUCAUGUUGCUUUUUGUUUAGUUGCGUUGGAGUGACGGUCAGCAAAGACAAUAAGAACUCCAUGGAGGGCCUCAUGUGCACAGUGGAGCUAAUGGAGAGAGCUUCUGUGUCCCCAUCGUAGUUUGUUUGUUUAUUUUUUUUUAACUGUUUUGUAUAAAUGUUAUCAACUGCCCACUCUCUGAUCUCUCGCCACUUGUAUUACUGCUGAAUUUGCACAAUUUACAGAACGCUACAAAGGAAGACUAUAUAGAUAUUAUAUAUAAAUACAUUUUUAAAAGAAAGAUUAGGGAGAGAACUUUUUUUUUUUUUUGCUUUCAACCAUCAAUUUGAUAUUUCAAGUGCAAAGAAAAACACACCGAACAAAGAAAAAAAAAAAAAAACAAGAAAAAAAGUUGUACUGUGCCAUGUUUCCUUUGAAUGUUGUUUAGUGCAGAGACAUUUCGUUAGAUGGAAUGUGCUACCGUAUGAUUUUUAAAUAUGCCUCGUGACUGAAAGGAUCCGUCAGAAGGAGAAGAAAUGACAGCAGGCAGACGUCUUUGUUUUUGUGUCAUGCUGCGGUUGGUCCUGAACACCAAAUUGACGCUCCAGGAUUGUUUUGUUCCGUUAAGGCUCAACAAGUCGGACCAAUGAAGUACCUCCGCUGACACGAGACUGAUGAGCGCCAUGUGACGUGCGGCACAAGUGAGUUGGAGCUUAGCUGUAAAAGUAGGCUCAUCGUUUUAGCCUGAAGCAACUCAUCAAUACCUAGACAAUGUGUUUGUACAGGAGGUUAUCAUUCUUCUAUUGCCACCAGUGGCUUUUAAGCUGAGGAUUUUUCUCUAUUUUUUUUGUUUUUUUUUAAUCCCACACACUCAAGUCAGCUUUUUUGGACUUGGUGGUGAGAAUUGUUGAUUUUCCUGCUUGCCCUAAACCAAACUGUGGUCUGUGUACUGUUUUUCUUUUGUAAAUCACUCCCCUCAUUUUGUAAUCAACAUGUAAAUUGUACAUUUUUACGGUACGCUGAAGGCUGAAACAAACAGAAACUCUUUCAGUUUGCCUGAAGUUGAAGUACUUGAUUGGACCUUGAGGAGGUCCAAAUGAUGAGCAUCUGUGUCUUUGUGAUGGAAAUGUGACUUUGCUGCUUUAACUCUUGUACUUUGUUUUUUCUAUCAAAUCUUUAUGGGGCUGUCAUUCAAUGCUGAUCAUAAAUGCUGUUUGUUUUUGGGAAUUUUUUUAAGCGAGCGCACCUCCCUAAUUCUAAGUUGACACACACUAUACUUUGUUUACAUGUGUGCGACGUGUAUGAGCCCGCUUCGACUGGAUCCAUUUCACGACUUAAGAGUUUACACACACAUUUGUCUCUACGGCAAACAUGUCCACAUGACAUUAUGAUGUCCUGUCUGUAUGCGUCCAUCAGUCUCUGCACUGCAUGGGGUUGUUGCAGUGCAGAAUGUGAAUGACUAGUACAGUAUAGAUCAGUCCAAUGUAGAGCGCAGAUAAACAGAAGCACACAAGACAAAAAGCGGUGAUGUGUCAAGCUUUUUUUUAAAAACAAAAAACAAAAAACGCAUUCAUUCUCUCUCAGGUUCACGUGUGUGUUUAUUCAGUUUCAUAUUGUGUAGAUGAGCUGACGGUAAGCAGGUGCUUCCAGAAGCGUCUUUACUGGUCAUGGUUGCACUGUUUGUGACGAUGGCGGACGUAUUUGUUCGAAAUGUGUUCUGAAGCAUGUCUGUGUGUGUGUCUGUGCGUGUGAGACAGGAAAAUCACGCUGGCUGGAGUUCGACGUACGGUUUCUGCACCUCAGACAUGUUUAGUCACACAUUAGUACAACACAAAGUCCUGUCACCUUUCUCUUUUAUUUCCCGCUCUUUUCAGUCGUCAAAGUGAGCUACAUACCAACCAAGACAACAAGGAAUUUUAAUACUUCAGUAACAUUUUUAGCGGCUCAGACUUGAAGCGACCGUCACACAAGUUUGCAGGUGAACAUUCAUUGUGUAAAUAUUCUGUUAUUUCCUAUUUUGCAGAUUUACUACUUGUAAAUAAACACGCAUCAAGGAGAGAUUAA